GAAUCUCAACUUCCGGUGAAGAGGAAUCGGGAAAGGACAUGGCUGCCAUGCGAUGUUUGUGGCAAGAAGUUCGACAGACCGUCAUUGCUGAAACGCCACAUGAGAACUCAUACAGGUGAGAAGCCUCACGCCUGUGACGUGUGCGGCAAGGCAUUCUCCACGUCCUCGUCUCUCAACACGCACCGACGCAUCCACUCCGGUGAAAAGCCCCACCAGUGCAAGGUGUGUGGGAAGUGCUUCACCGCUUCCUCCAACCUGUACUACCACCGCAUGACCCACAACAAGGAGAAGCCCCACAAAUGCACCAUGUGCUCCAAGUCGUUCCCCACCCCAGGUGAUCUCCGCUCACACAUGUACGUCCACAACGGCUCCUGGCCAUUCAAGUGCGGGGUCUGCAACCGCGGCUUCAGCAAACAGACCAACCUCAAGAACCACCUUCUCCUGCAUACAGGUGACAAGCCCCACGAGUGCACUCUUUGCGGAAAGAGAUUUGCUCUGCAGUGUAACUUGAAGACACACAUGAAAACACAUGAAGGUGAUGACAAAGAGCUCUGCACCCGAUGUGACCAGAUGUACCUGACCUCUAGCGGCAACGUCCAGAACGGUCUGUGCCUGCCCUGUCGCGACGACUCUGCUUCAUCCCCACCGGAGAAAGUCAGGAAAACAUCCCCAAAGUCGGACUUCAGCAUCUCCAAACUGACCAGCGACGACAACAAACCUAAGUCAAGGAAAGUCAGCCCCGUCCAGAAACCUCAGCAAGGACUCUCUCAUUCCAUAUCCAACAUGCAACUCAAUUCCUCAUUCCGCACUUCGUUACCCAAUCCUCAGUUCGUAUCCUCCCCUUCAACGGAUUUCCAGAUGCAUCACCAACCAAUGCCAUCGUUUAGCUUCGUUCCAUUUGGCAAGGUUCCGUCUACGAGUUCCUAUCCAGGUUUUGGUAGUCCCCAGUUUCUUCCAACCGGAAGACAUUACUUCGCAAGUCCGGAACCCACAAUGCAUCUCGGUUCAGCUGUUUCGCAUCGUCCAGUCUGGCCAAAUUUGAUGGCUCAAGGAUUUUAA